AACGAGAUAAUUCAAAAGCCCUAAUUUCAUCAAAAAUCCCCAAUUUGUACAGUCACUCAAAAGCGAUGCAAUCACUAUGCACCGACGCUUGCAAAGCCUUCAGCAGUAGCGGUUUCUUGCUGAAAGGCUUCCAACAACAGCAGCACUUAUUCGCGGAUAAUCUCGAUUGUCGCCCGGUUUCAUCUUCUCCCUCGCAUAGGCACGCUUCUUAUCCCUGCAUUUCCUGCAAUUUUGAAGACAAAAGCUGCCGCCUUGUCGAUGGCCGGGGAAGGCCGAUGGAGAAUUUUGAUGGUCGGAGAGGGAAAGUGGCGGCCAAGGGGAAAGAUAAUGUGUGGAGUAUCGACAACGAGAUGGCGAAGACUGACAAGGACAAGGGUCGAACGCGGCGGAGGAAAAGGGGAGGGAAGAGAGUGAAGAAUGUGUAUAAGAAAGGUGAUGGAGUUCUUGUCUCCGGUUCGAUGUUGAUGGAAGUUGAAACCAUUUUACAGACGCAGGAACCAGUGAUUAGGCCAGCAUGGCACACAUUUGCAAGUAGUGUGAGUGGAAUAUGGAAGGGAGUUGGAGCUGUAUAUUCUCCCAUCACUGCUGAAAUGGAGCCUAUAGAGAUUGGGAGCAAGAAUGAGAACUUAUUUGAUUGCUAUACUUUGUCUCAUAUCAAGGCACUGCCAUCUACUUCUGGAGAUCUGAAUUCUCAAAUACAUAGGAAAGUAAAUUGGGUUACUUUGAACCCUUAUGGUGAAAAGCAGAAUAAUAAAGGUGGUCUUGGUUAUAAAAAACAAGAUGCAUCUGACAGUCCUAAUUUGCCCAAAAUUGAGUCAUUUGACUUUGGAAGAAGUGAUGUGAUGGAAGAAGAUGUUAUGGGGAUGGAACCUGGUCUAAUAUUUUUUGAGGAUGGGUCGUAUUCCAGAGGCCCAGUGGAUAUUCCGGUUGGUGAAUUUAAUGAAUCCAAUUAUUACCUUUCUCCAACUUUCAAGUUCGAACAAUGUUUGGUUAAGGGCUGCCAUAAAAGAUUACGUGUGGUGCAUACUAUAGAAUUCAGCAAUGGGGGUUCGGAUAUUCAAAUAAUGAGGAUUGCUGUUUAUGAAGAAGAAUGGGUUAGUCCAGCUGAUAUCCCUGAUACAAGUGAAUUGGAGUUGGAUUUGAAGCCAUUUUCUCAGAGGAAGAGAGUCCAACCAUCAGAUCUGAGUGGGUCUUGGAAGGUGUUUGAGGUGAGUGCGACGCCUAUAUAUGGCGAGGAUAUGACCCUGGAGGAAGGGAAAAGCGCGCCUUACGUGUAUCUAUGCACGGAAAACCUGAAGAAGAGAAGCUUGCCAGAGAAUCUGGUCUACUUUGGGGAGGAGGAGAUUGUGGAUAUGCAAGACGUGACAGUUAUGUGGCUACCCGGAGGCGUGACUGCAUAUGUGGAUGUGAAGAAGGAAGGCAUCCUCUGUGUAGGCGUUGGGUGGUAUUCGGAUGAGGGAAUGAAUCUGGUGAUGGAAAGGGACUAUGGAUUGGAUGGGAAACUUAAGGAGGUUAGAUCGAAAUCCGAGAUGAAGAGAAGAUGGACUAAUCCUCCACCUAUGUGAAGUGAUUAUGUAUGUUUUCUGCUAUUCUGUAAGUUUUCUUAUUAAUCAAUGAAUGAAGCUCUCUUUCUCUCUCCCAAA